AUGCCAUUCAAAUCAUUCCCAAUGAAUGUCAGAGGCCGUAAGCAGGUUCAUGUUCCCUCACCUGCAUUUGGCACUUUUAGGCCAGAGGCUUGGAGCUCAACCGGCGAUCGGCCACAAAUAAUCCAGACAGUUCGCACAGCCAUCCAAGCCGGAUGUCGUCAUCUUGACUGUGCAUGGGAAUACAAUGCAGAUGUCGAAAUUGGCGAGGCGAUUCGCCAGUCUGCCGUCCCACGCGACGAGUUAUUCGUCACCCACAAACUGUGGCCCAACCUUUCUGCUCCCGAAAAUGUGGAGAUUGCGUUAGACUUGACUCUCCAGCGAAUGGGGAUCGAUUACGUUGAUUUGUUCCUAAUCCACCACCCUGUCGCGAUCAAACUGGCUGGGGAUCUCCGUAAGGCGUGGAUGGGCGAAGAGGCAACCCUUGAGGACCAGGGCUGUGCAGCCGACGAUAAGGGUAACUUCAUUCCAGACCUGGAACAUUGUCCAGCAGCGGUCGCUGCACUAAAUGGGGGUGAAGGCAGUAUCAUUCCGACAUGGAAUGCGAUGAAGGCGUUGGUUCGCUGUGGGAAGGCUCGAUCCGUUGGUGUUUCGAACUUUGAGGUCAAACAUGUGCAAGAGAUUCUCGGUGCUCAGAGUGACAUGGACGAUGAAGUCCCACUCUCAUACAACCAGAUCGAGUGCCACCCCUGGUUUCCCAAUCAGCGACUGGUUGAAUUCUUACAGGAGCAUAACAUCCUGGUCAUGGCGUACAGUCCAUUUGCGCCCUUCAAAUACGAGACUGGAGUCUUCCCACCCAAGCCGUUCACACCUUAUGGAACGACUUUGUUGAAAGAUAAAACAGUCGAACGGAUUGCAACGAAGAAUGGCCUGAGUGCGGGUCAAGUCUUGCUUAGCUGGGCAGCUCAACGAUAUACACUGCCGAUAUUUAGGAGCUGCUCCCUUCGGCGUCAGCAGGAGAACCUUCUCUUCAAGGAGUUGCCGCAGGAGGAUGUCCAAGCGCUGGAAACUUUAGAAUUGGACAAUAAAAUGGGCAAGAGUACGACAACAAUGGCCUUUCCGGAAAUCAAGGUAUACGACUAG